AUGGUUGAUCCGCUGAUUCGAUAUGCCUAUUUCGGUUUCGCCGAUGCUCCUUCCAUCGUUGUUCGAUAUGCGAUUGCGUAUGAACUGCUUCGACCUGUGUAUGAACUCCGGGGUGUCCUUGAGAAUGUGUAUAAACGGAAUCGUGUAUUUAAAGCAGAUGUUUUUGUGACGGAUCUCGGUUAUGGGGCUCCUCUUAGUAAGGCUCUUGCCAAAUCAACCGGUCAAACGAGCGAAGAGUCCUCCUACGUAUUGGACCCCUUGUACUCUCUGUGUUACUGCGAUCCAAGUGUCGAGGAACGCUUCAAGGCGUUGCAGAAAAAAUCAAAAUAG